AUUGCAUGACGAAGGAAAUAUUAAGCGAACCCAACGCUACUGCAGAGGGACUUCCCAACUGUUUGCCAUACUUUUUUCGUCUUUAAAAGAGUAUCGAUGUAAUCUUUUGCAUUUAGUCGAUUUCGUAUUGCAAAUACUAUAAGUUAGAGAAAGUUUCCUCCAAAAAAAAAAAAAAAAAAAAGUAUCAUUCUUUUUUUUCUUUUAAAUAUGUCUUCGAUAUUUUUCGUCGUUUAUUCAGUUUGUGUGGUGUUUAUUUUCGAUUGUGUAAAUACAACAUUUGGCAAACCGUUUGCGACAAUUGAAGCGGAGCAAAAUCUCAUUUGUCCUAAAAUUGUGACUCGAGAAGAAUGGAGGGCACGAGUUGUUACGAAUUAUAAAUUAUUGGAUAUUUCACCAACUCCUUAUGUCGUGGUUCAUCAUGGAGGAAUUAAACAUUAUUGUUUCAAUGAAAAUGCGUGUUCGGAAAUUGUGCGGUCCUAUCAAAAUUUGCACAUGGACGAACGGGGCUGGAUUGAUAUUGGAUAUAAUUUUGUCAUUGGCGAAGAUGGAAAUGUAUACGAAGGUCGAGGAUGGAAUUUUAUCGGCGCACAUGCACCUGGAUUCAAUACUCAAAGCAUCGGCAUCUCAAUAAUUGGCGAUUUCACGAAGCGCUUGCCGAAUAAAGCAGCACUGAAGGCUUUGAAUUCUCUGAUAAAGUGUGGAGUAACAAUUGGAAAAAUUCAGAGAGAUUAUAAAUUAAUUGGUCAUCGACAGACGAGGGAGACUGAAUGUCCGGGAACAAGUUUUUAUGAGUACAUUCAAAAAUUACCAAACUGGACAAAUAAAGUGACUCCGAUCUAUGACCGACAACAAAUAAAAAGAGAAAGAUAUAUAUCACUCGCUGGGAACCCCAGUAUUUAAAUGAACUUUGAUUAUAAGUAUCCGUGUGUU